CAAUUCCUUGCAGUGCCCCGUACAUUCCCGCACACGCACACGUUACAAAUCCUCGUCUCAACUACAACUUUGGGGCCAAAAUUACCGUGACAUGCAAUGCCAGUUCUGAUACCUUCAACCUUCAGUGUCAUAACAAAGGGCUUUGGAGUGGACCGAUUGUAUCCUGCCCUGAAUCGACCGCAAGGGCUCUUCCUACGAACUGUAAUGCUCCUUCAGUCCCGAGAUACUCAACGCUCGAAACCCUUAGCCCGAAUUAUAACCUUGGAGACAGUGUGACAUUCCGAUGUGACAAUACCACCAUUCAACCGUUUAGUCUUCUUUGUGAAAACACUGGGUUAUGGAGUGGACCAAUGCAGACGUGCCCGCCACCUGUCUCAGCUCCUACACGAUGCACUAGUCCAUAUAUCCCAAAGUAUGCAUCAGCUGAAAACGUACGUUUGGCCUACAGCAUCGGUGAGAGUGUAACAAUCACCUGUGACAGCGGAACAGACGGGUCGUUUACCCUUCAGUGCAAAUCAGAUGGGUUUUGGACGGGUGGUGUCCAGUCUUGCCCACCGCCGUUAGAAGCUCCGGAUAAGUGCAGUGCCCCUUACGUUCCAAGAUAUGCAUCGAUUCAAGGCCUGCAACUGAAUUAUGACUAUGAUGACAGUAUUACUGUAACAUGUGACAGCAGCACUGCUCAGUUUACCCUUCGGUGUGGCACGAAAGGUCAAUGGAGUGGCCAGGAGGUUUCUUGUCCUGUACCUACCCCAGUUCCGGAGAAGUGCAGUGCCCCUUACGUUCCAAGAUAUGCAACUAUUCAAAACCUGCAACUGAAUUAUGACUAUGAUGACAGUAUUACUGUGGAAUGUGACAAUAGCAGUGCUCGGUUUAACCUUCGGUGUGACACGAAAGGUCGAUGGAGUGGGCAGGAAGUUUCUUGUCCCAUACCUACCCAAGCCCCUACACGGUGCACUAGUCCAUAUAUCCCAAAGUAUGCAUCAGCUGUAAACGUUCGUUUGGUCUACAGCAUCGGUGAGAGUGUAACCAUCACCUGUGACAGCAGAACAGACGGGUCGUUUAUCCUUCAGUGCAACUCAUAUGGGUUUUGGACAGGUAGUGUCCGUUCUUGCUCACAGCCGAUAGAAGUUCCGGAGAAGUGCAGUGCCCCUUACGUUCCAAGAUAUGCAACUAUUCAAAACCUGCAACUGAAUUAUGAGUAUGGUGACAGCAUUACUGUGGCAUGUGACAAUAGCAGUGCUCGGUUUAACCUUCGGUGUGACACGAAAGGUCGAUGGAGUGGGCAGGAAGUUUCUUGUCCCGUACCUACCUCAGCCCCUACACGAUGCACUAGUCCAUAUAUCCCAAAGUAUGCAUCAGCUGAAAACGUACGUUUGGCCUACAUCAUUGGUGAGAUUGUAACAAUCACCUGUGACAGCAGAACAGAUGGGUCGUUUACCCUUCAGUGUAACUCAGAUGGGUUUUGGUCGGGUGGCGUUCAUUUUUGCUCACCGCCGAUAGAAGCUCCGGAGAAGUGCAGUGCCCCUUACGUUCCAAGAUAUGCAACCAUUCAGGACUUGCAACUGAAUUAUGACCAUGGUGACAGUAUUACUGUGACAUGUGACAGCAGCACUGCUCAGUUUACCCUUCGGUGUGACACAAAAGGCCAAUGGAGUGGCCAGGAAGUUUCUUGUCCCGUACCUACCCCAGCUCCAUCUCAAUGCAGUGCUCCUGUUAUUCCAAGACAUUCUACCAUUGCAUUCUACCGAAUAACCUACAACUCAGGUGAUGACGUAAUUGUAACUUGUGAUGCAAGCAACGAUCGUUUUACCCUCCAUUGUAACAACAGUGGAAUUUGAAGUGGA